CAGAGCAGUCUGGGGGGGGGGGGGCAGCAGAAGCACACACCUCAUCCUGCCACAACACACGGUGUUUACAUCCAGCCGAACCGGGCCGUGGGACUACAGCCCGAUGUCUGCUCUGCUCAGCUGCUGUGCUCACGCCGCGAGACGCGUGGAGGCGUGGAGGACGCGCACAGCCACUUUGCUCCAGUGGUGUCGACCCCUCCACGUGGACAGUCCUCCGCGCACUUCCUCUCUGACCAGCAGCUAUGUGCACGGCACCUCCUCCAUCUCUCUGCUCCCCCUCACUGUGGGCCAGAGCCUGGACUCCACGGUCCAACGCUGGCCUGACCGCGAGGCGGUGGUCUUCCGGCAAGACGGCGUCCGGAAAACCUUUGCACAGUUUCAGCAAGAUGUUGACAUGGCGGCUGCAGGUCUGCUUGCUCUGGGCCUGCAGCGAGGCGACCGACUGGGUGUUUGGGGACCCAACACGUACGAGUGGAUCCUCUUCCAGUUUGCAUCAGCCAAAGCUGGAAUUAUACAGGUGUCAUUGAACCCGGCCUAUCAGGUGAAGGAAGUCGAGUUUACUCUAAAGCAGGUCCAGUGUAAAGCCGUGGUCUGCCCGACUCGCUUCAAAAGCCAACGUUUCUGUGAGAUGCUGAGGGAGCUCUGCCCGGAGAUGAGCACCACGCCGAACGGCACAAGCAAAAGCGCCAGGUUGCCAGACUUGCGUAUGGUGAUCGUGACGGACAGCCGACAGCCGGGGAUGCUCCACGUCGACGAUGUGAUGCAAGCAGGGGAGAGUCGGCACCGCAGACAGCUGAUGGAUCUGCAGAGCAGGCUGUCCUGCGAUGAUCCCGUCAACAUCCAGUUCACAUCAGGAACAACAGGGAGUCCAAAGGGAGCCUGUCUUUCCCACCACAAUAUUGUAAACAAUGCCUACUUUAUGGGUCUCAGAAUGGGUUACGGAUCUAGACCUCGGGUGCGAGUGUGUGUACCCGUACCCUUGUACCACUGCUUUGGAUCCGUGUUGGCGGGCAUGAAUAUGGCUGUGCAUGGCAUCACUCUGGUCUUUCCUUCCACUGCCUACAACAGCCGAGCCAACCUAGAAGCCAUUCAGAGUGAAAAGUGUAACGUCGUUUACGGCACUCCUACCAUGUUCACCGACAUGCUCAUGCAGCAGGAAUUACACCAGUACGAUAUGUCAUCGGUUGAAGCCGGCAUAAUGGCAGGUUCUCCAUGCCCACCUGAGAUAGUGCGUAAACUGAAAACACACAUGAACAUGACCGAGAUAACGAUAGGUUAUGGAAGCACUGAGAACAGCCCCCUCACAUUUCUGGGAUUCCCACAAGACGAAGAGGAGCUGAAGACAAAUACUGUUGGCUGUAUCAUGAGCCACACUGAGGCUAAAGUGGUGGACCCUGACACUGGGGAGAUUGUCCCUCUUGGGGCCUCGGGGGAGCUGAUGAUCAGAGGCAGCUGUGUGAUGCACGGAUACUGGGACAACCCCGAGAAAACCAGGGAGGUUAUCUCCCAAGACCGCUGGUACAGGACCGGUGACACGGCCAGCCUCAACAGUUUGGGGUACUGCCGCAUCGAAGGACGAAUGAAAGACUUGAUCAUCCGAGGAGGAGAGAACAUUUACCCCGCUGAGAUCGAGCAAUUUCUCUUUACACAUCCCAAAGUGCAGGAGGUGCAGGUCGUCGGGGUGAAAGAUGAGAGGUUGGGUGAGCAGGUGUGUGCCUGCAUCAGGCUGAGGAAGGACCAGACAUCCAGCGCAGAGGAGAUACGAGCUUUCUGCAAAGGACAGAUUUCCCACUUCAAGAUCCCCCACUAUGUGAUCUUUGUAGACAGCUACCCUCUGACGGUCUCUGGAAAGAUCAAGAAGAACAUAUUGAAGGAAGAAAUGGAGAAGCAGUUAGGCCUGUAAACGUUUGGGCCCCGAUCAAUCGUGUUUGAGGGCAUCAGCUGGCAAAGUCAGGAAGGAGCUAAUGGUCCCAGAGCUGGACUGGGACUCUGUAACUAAUCAGCUGCUGAACUGUCACUAUUUUUACUUUCUUUUAAGGUUUUCUUUGAGCAUGACGUUUCAUUUUUUAGCUUAAGAAUUGUUUAAUUAAAAUAAAAGCAAAUGGUAGCGCAUCUUUUACUAUACCAGACACAAGUAUUUUAUUUUAUUUUUU